AUGAAGAGUUCAAAUAUAUCCGAAGCCCAGAAGGCUGGUAGCGAGGGCAGUUCUCUGAAAUCAAUAUGUUCAAUUUGUUGGGAGAAAAGCGAUGGUCAGCAUUUUGGAACAGAGGCUUGCAGAGCAUGUGCGGCGUUUUUUCGCCGCAGCGUUUCUCUGGAAAAGAAAUAUGUCUGUCAAGGGGUUGGACUGUGCGAAAUGAAAGCAAAUAUAAGGUGCGCAUGUAGAGCUUGCAGAUUCAAGAAAUGCUUGGAAGCCGGAAUGAAUCCAAUUUGUGUGCAGACAAAAAGAGAUAUUUUGGGAAAGCGAGGUAAACAAUUCGAUCAUAACAUAAAAUCCCAAGUGAAUAAUGUGUUGGUUAAUAUGGAUUCUACUACGCACAAAGCUUCCAAUAAACAUGCUGAAAAAAUGUUUGAUGUAAUUCCUCUUCUUGAGAGAUUGCGAAAGAACUAUUCUAAAAUGGAUAAUAUGAGACUGAUUGUGCACAGAGAGGACGAUGUCAAUAUCCAUGGGCAGCGAAUGCCCAGAAGUAUUAACUACAAAGAAGCCAGAGAAAUGUUGAACCGUGAAAUAUCUCUUGUAUGCGAUUGGGUUUGUUGGUGUUUUGACGACUUCUGCAGUCUUGAUAACGCCCAAAAGAAGUGUUUGCUGCAAAACUUUUUUAUAUCUUUUACUCUACUUGAAAGCGCUUAUUUAUGUCAUAUCAAUGGAAGAUCAGACGUAGUGAUUUUGCCGUCAGGAGAUUAUAUUGAUAUCGACCAUGCGGAACAAUUUUACGCUGGAAUUCAAAUGGAACAGAGCUCGAUGAGUGCGAAUGAGGUGGUAAAAAUAUUAAAACCAUCGUUGGAAUUAUAUCGACAUUGUUUGGUUCGGCCGAUUAUGCACGAACGAAUAGAUGUUUAUGAAUUCUUUGCACUUUGCUCCCUUGUGCUUUGGGAUUUUGGUGUCGAAGGCCAAUCGGAAGAGUGCAAUGUAGUAUCAAGAAACAUUCGAGAAAAGAUCAUUAAGGAAAUUUCAUCGUAUUAUACGAUCAUCAAUGAGCACUCUGAUCCAACACUUCGAAUGGCUCAAAUUAUGUGCAUUCUACCUUCAUUGCAACGAGUAGCGCGCAAGUUCAAUGAGGAUGCUGGAAUAACAGUGUUCACCGAUGACGCGAAACCAAUUAAUAACAAUCGAGUUUAUCCCGGAAAGGAGGCAAAAGUGAUACCGCCCGAACAAAUUGUUGUCACAUCUCAACGAUUUGAGCCUUUCAAAAUCCCAAGCGGUCCGGUUCUUAUCAUGAAAAACCGGCCGAAUGUCAAAGAGCCGACAGGCAUUCGUAAUACGUUAUACGCCCAGAAGUUCCACCCGAUUCACGCUCGAGAGAAAACGACGAUUCCAAGAGAAGUUCCAAAUGUUCAAGAACCGGAAAUGACUGCAUUAGAAAUGCACAAUUGGAUUCAAAGCCUCAAUCAUCCAACUGCUCCCAAGCAGCGGAAAGAAGUUCUCUACGUCGAAAGAUUCAAAGCGCAGUUUGUAAGGACCUACUACACGGACGGCGAUGUCGAAGAGAAGAUGCUGGUCAAUUUCGGAGAUCCGCAAACCUAUCGCAAAUCAUUUAAGUAUCAAUAA